ACAUGGCGGAGUUUAACAAUUCAUCUUUUAUAAACAUGCAAGUCGCUAGUACAUCAGGUAUGUGGAGGCGACCCGUAUCAAUGGAACAAGGGCAAACCAUAGCUCCAAGUCUUCCACCACUGGAAGCACAAAAUUUGCUGGAAUCCCAACAGCUUGAUUUGGAAGAAAAGGACGAUGAUGAACAACUAGACGAGCAUUUGGUGGAAGAAGUUCACAGAUACCGAAUACUGUGGGACACAUCAUCAAGAGGGUAUAAAGACACAGUAAAAAAGAACCAAGCCUGGAAAGAAAUAUCUCUCAAAUUAAACAGGAAUGCUGAUAUUUUGAAGCGCAGAUGGAAGAACUUACGAGAUGGUAUGAUGAGAUGUCUGAAGAAAAUAAAAGAUGCUGAAAAAUCAGGGGCAGGUGCUUCUAAAACACCAUCAUGCAAGCUGUUUGAGAAUCUACUUUUCCUUAAAGACUUUGUUUCUAAUCGAGAAACAACUAGCAAUAUUACUCUAUCUAAUGAAAUUAUUAAUACUGAUUCUGGAAGUAUAAGUGAUGACAGCUUUGCACCUUCACCUCCACUACUUGCUUCGGGAUCAACACCUGAUAUGUCGACUUAUAAAACUCGUUGUAACAAAAAGAAAGCUCAUGCUGGUCCAGAUAUACUGACCAACCAAACACCAAAGCGUACAACAAAGAGAUCUGACCGUCAAGAUAAAAUAGACUUGCUUCUUGUCAAUGCAUUAUCUCAGUCAGAUGAACAGAAACAACAAACACAAGACUGGAGAAGUAGCAAUCAUUUGUUCUGCAACAGUAUUGUUGAAAUAUUGGAGAAACUACCACCCAAGAAAAAUAGGAUGGCCAGGGUAGAAAUACAACAAGUGUUAAUGAAAUAUGAAUUUGAUGAGAAUGAGUAGAAUGAAAUUUGAAUUUACAAAAGCUGAUGGUUAUGU